UCCAACCCCGACUUCGUUCCACCAUCAAUCGCAGCUUGCCUUGCCUGUUACAGUCUACUCUCUCUCUCUCUCUCUCUCUCAAAUUAACCAAAGCUGCCAUGUGUGGUGGAGCCAUUAUAUCAGGCAGCAUAUCACCGGCUAGCCGAUCCUCGCGCCGCCGGCUCAACAACAUUAAUAAUCCCUCGGACUAUCUUCCCAAUUAUUCCCAGAGGAGGUCGCAAUUGGUCUUUGAUGUCGACGAAGAUGAGCAGGUUUUUGAGGAUUACUCAGACGAUGAUAUCGAUAACCAGGUCUUCGCUUUCUCUGGUUUAAGAGGUUUGAAAUCUGCUGAAAAAUGCACAAAAAGAAAGAGGAAGAAUCAGUAUCGAGGAAUCCGACAGCGCCCAUGGGGUAAGUGGGCCGCUGAGAUCCGCGAUCCGAGGAGAGGCUCUCGGCUGUGGCUUGGGACGUUCGACUCUGCUGAGAAAGCUGCAAGAGCUUAUGAUUCUGAGGCCAGAAGGAUCAGGGGCAGUAAAGCUAAAAUUAAUUUCCCUGAACAACAUGAGCCAUCAGUCCGUAAAGCUAAGGUGGAUCAGCAGAAAACGGAAAACCACAAUGCUAAUGACUUGAUGAGCAUGAGAAUGGAAAACGAUAGUGACCAUCGUCAUGAUCCAUUUACUUUCGUGGAAGGGAAGCCACCGUUGAAGAUGUAUGGCUUUUCUGAUCAUUACUCUGACGGCAAUGUUGAAUUGAAGCCAUACGAAGCAAAUCAAGGAAGCAACAUCUCAAUUGCCAGCUUAGACUUUGGUAGGGGUGAGAACCCUGCAGCCAUGAAGGCUUCAGAAAAAUCUAGAACCUCGGCAGUUGCUGUCGAGGAUAAUUCCGCAACAGCAAAGAAAGCAAAGCCAAAGCCAGAGGACUUCAUGUCUGGUACUGAUGAGAGCACCAUGGAUAAAUUCUCUGAUGAGAUGAAGCUCUUCCAAAUGCCUUACCAUCUUGAGGUCGACUGGAAUACUCCUGUGAAUGCUUUUGUGGAUGGAGAAGCAGCACAAGAGGGUGAUGACAGUACAAUCAGUCUUUGGUCUUUUGAUGAUCCUCAUCAGGUUAUGCUUGGCAGUGCUUGCUGAUUCUGCUUUCUUUGUCCUCGAUGGCUGUCAGGACUCAGGAGCCGCCUUCUUAUGUCUUAAUAAGGCUGCGGUGUGCACAUAGAUUCAAUGGUUGCUGGCUUGAGUUGAGUAUGAGCCAUGGUUGGUCCUUUAGUAGCAGGACAUCUAUGUAUAGUUUUUUUAUUUGUGCUUUAGAGCUUCAAAUGGGAGAUGGUUUGAGGCUACAUGGGUGUAAGAAUGUGCAGUUUGUUCCUAGGAGAAUGUUAAUAUUCAACUCCAUUUCAUUAUUCUA